AUGAAGUCCAGGGAAAAUGAGAAAUGCUGUCGUUGUAUUGACGACGGCCCCCACAAUACGAAGACAGGAAAUUUUGAGAGGCUUAAUAACAGUUUGUCGUCUGUCGAACUGCCGUGCUUGACGUCACCAAGAACUAAUUCUUUAAUCGCGCUUGCACUACCCACGCACUAUCAUGCACUGCCGUCAGUAGAGGAGGACGUAAUCGAUACAUUUCAGGUAUCCUACUCCACAAUCACCCCUCAUAACUUUGACGACACCCCGACUGUAAACGUCAGUCAGCCUACACAAAGUGCUGCGAUCACGGACCGUAGCCAGCUACAACAGCCGUGGCAUCGUCAUUCCGUAUCAGACCUCACCAGUGAAUGCGAUUACACGCACAACGUUGACCAGAUGACGCCCUUCGAUCGUCGAAUGAGCAUACCACACUGGGAGCCCGAACGGCAGACUGGAAAUGCUGAGAUUAAUCGCAAACACCGAUUGAUAGAGCUUAUUUUAGUAACGCAUCGCGCGUUUCUCAUACAUUUCUACAAGGAACGGGCUGCGAUGACGCGUGCUUUUGCUCUUGAUCAUCUUGAGCUGAUGAUUGCGAUCUUGGAAAAAGAGGAGUCUCUCCAUCGAAAUCAUAUCCGAAACGCGUGUCACAUGAAUCUCACCAUGUUAGCCCAUCGCAUCCCGUCACUCACGCAGGCCACCUACUCGCAGGAUGGGAUGCGUCAGCAGCUCUCCUCCAAGUCCAGGGACGCGAGUCAAUACAAUGCCUUCGAGCCGGCCUCCGCGGACUUCAGCACGAGCAGCCUCUCCUCGGAGGAGGUGGUAGGGAGGGAGCGGUGGCGGGUCAUGCCGCCGGGGAGGGCGCACUCCGCACCGCACGGGGGGGGGGCGCGCGUCGUCCUCCCGGCGGAGGUCGACCGGCCUGCCGAGGAGGGCCUCCGCCGCAUGGCGACCGCCCUCCCCCUCGGAUUCCAGCAGCUCCGCCAGCCGACGCUGCUCAGUGGGUACGACAGGCGUUGCAGCCGGCAAGGCCUCUCCUUUCGUUCCCAGGCCUUCUCUAGCCUCUCGAGUGUGGGUAACGUAGGAUAG